UCCCUUCCCUCUCUGCGCUCCUCCAAAAUAAUAAAACAUUAAUACAUUCCAUUCAUAUUCAUAAUAAUAUAUACUACGGGUCAAAACAAACCUAGUAUUUAUUAACUCUACUUUUGUUUUUAAAAAUUUAGAGGAAUUUUGGGCUUUCUGUUUGUUCGGAGAGAGAGAGACAGAGAUGGCGACGGCCACGACGGCGGUUCCUGUGGCCUCCGCAACGGCAGGGGGCUCGGCGGUGGGAAGUGGUAAUAUGAAUGUGUCGCUUUACGUGGGGGAUCUGGAGGAGAACGUGGUGGAAGGGCAACUGUAUGAUCUGUUUGGCCAAGUUGGAACUGUUCUUUCCGUUAGAGUUUGUAGGGAUCAGAAUAAGCGAUCUUCUCUAGGUUAUGCUUACGUCAAUUACAGCAAUUACCAAGACGCUGCACAUGCCAAGGAAAUGUUUAACUUCACUCCCAUUAAUGGAAAACCUAUACGAAUUAUGUUUUCUCAACGCGAUCCUAUUAUUCGUAGGACUGGAUAUGCCAAUGUCUUUAUCAAGAACCUGGACCCAGCUAUUGAUAACAAGGCAUUGUAUGACAUUUUCGCUGCCUUCGGGAAUGUACUUUCUUGCAAGGUUGCUACUGAUAGAAAUGGGCAAGCAAAAGGAUUCGGCUAUGUUCAGUUUGAAAAUGAUGAAGCCGCACAGAAUGCAAUCAAAAGGUUAAAUGGUAUGCUAAUAAAUGAUAAACAAGUUUAUGUUGGACGUCAUGUUAGACAACAAGAACGGGUGCCAGCCAAUGUGACGCCGAAGUUCACUAAUGUUUAUGUAAAAAAUUUGUCGGAAACAACAAGUGAUGAGGACCUUAAGAAAGUUUUUGGAACUUAUGGUACCAUCACCAGUGUUGUUGUCAUGAAGGACCAGAAUGGUAAGUCCAGAUGUUUUGGUUUUGUGAACUUUCAGAGCCCAGAUGCGGCUGCCGCUGCUGUCGAGAAGUUAAAUGGGAUGAAAAAUGAUGACAAGACGUGGUAUGUGGGAAGGGCUCAAAGGAAAGCAGAAAGGGAAGCAGAGUUGAAAGCCAAAUUUGAACAGGAAAGAACUAGUAGAUAUGAAAAACUACAAGCUGCAAAUUUGUAUCUGAAAAAUCUGGAUGACAGCAUAGAUACUGAAAAACUGAAGGAGUUAUUUUCCGAGUUUGGAACAAUUACCUCAUGCAAGGUUAUGCUUGAUCCACAAGGAGUUAGUAAGGGCUCUGGUUUUGUUGCCUUUUCUAUACCUGAAGAAGCUUCAAAAGCUUUGAAUGCAAUGAAUGGAAAGAUGAUUGGAAAGAAGCCUCUGUAUGUUGCUGUCGCUCAACGCAAAGAAGAAAGAAAAGCUAGAUUACAGUCGUAUUUUGCUCAACUUCGUACACAAGGUGCCAUGUCACCUUUGGCAUCAGGGUUUCCUGGAUAUCAUUCUGGUCCUCAUAGGCUUGAUCCUCAGCAGCUAUAUUAUGGUCAAGGUAGUCCUGGUCUGUUACACCCUCAGCCUGCAGGAUACGGUUACCAGCAGCAACUCAUACCUGGAAUCCGUCCUGGAGUCACUCCAAAUUAUAUUAUGCCAUACAACCUCCAAAGACAACAAGGACAACCAGGUCAAAGGAUGGGUGUUCGUCGAGGUGGAAACUCCCAACAAAUGCUGCAGCAACAGGUGCUGCACCGUAAUAACAAUGAAGGUUUGGGAUACAUGGGUAAUGCAAGAGAUGGUGUGGAUCAAUCUACAGUUACCCAAAGCGUUGUAGGCCCUGUCCUGCCGUUACCAUAUGGUGUUUCAAGGAUGCCAGUAAACUCUGUUGAAGUGCAACGACCUAACCCAGUGCACAUAUCGACACUCAUAUCUGCUUUAGCUUCUGCUUCCCCUAGAGAACGUAACAAGAUGUUGGGAGAACAACUUUAUCCGCUGGUGCAGGGUUUUGAGCCUGAACAUGCGAGAAAGGUGACUGGGAUGUUGCUAGAGAUGGACCAAACAGAGGUUCUCCAUCUCAUCGAGUCUCCAGAUGCUUUGAAGGAGAAGGUGGCUGAGGCAAUGGCUGUCCUUCGGGAUUCUGCAGCUGGAGAAUCUGAUGCGAGUAAGGAGUUGGUCAUUGGAACUGACUGAAUGGAGUUCACCUGUUAUCGAUAGGUAAAUAAAUAUAUUAGUUAUAGGUGCAAUGGUCUGUCAUUUUUUAGAGGGCCCUAAAAGUCUUGACUUCAUUGGGCUUUCUCCGGAACUAAUUUUUUUAGGAAUUUUUCUAGACUUUUGAGAUGCUUUAAGAUAUCUGAGACACAAAGACCACCAUCAUUUAUUAGCUUGGUUCUAGUAUUUAUUUGAUUUGGGAUUCUCUAGAA